AUGACAUCAAACGCCCUAGUCCUCUUCAAGCCCAAGCAGAGGCGCCGCUUCUACGAGCCCAUCGUGCUCUUCAAGGCACUCACAGACAUCACCCACGAGGAAGGUUCCCUCGGUCUCCCCGAGACGCCAGCCAGGCCACGGACAGAGGAACAGAGGUUCCACCAGUUUGUCCACAAGCUCGCCGGCGUCUGCGACAGCACCCGGGGCGGAAAGACCGUCACAUCGUUUGCCGUCCUUGAGCACGAGGACAGGUUCGUCUACGUCUUUGGGUGCAACCAGGUGUGCAGCUUGGAUCUGGUCAAGACGCAGAAGUUUGUGACUGAGCUUUUGGAUACCCUGUCUGGCUUUCAUCAGCUUGAUGAAGCUGCUAGGGGGCCGGUCAGGAGGGCCGUCUUGGAGAUGAUCUUGGCGUUCAAUAUGCCGAGGUUGGAUAUUUAUCUCAAGAGCUUCAAGGGGCAGUUAAAAGAGUGUCUAGAGUACUGUGAGCGCCAAACAGACCAAAUUGCUACUGCGGUUGGAGCAGGCCUUAAGGUUUUGGGUGACGCCAUCGCAGACAUUGCAUUCAAGGGACUAGACGAAAGCGAGUACCUCCCAUCGUACAACCGCUUCCUGCAAGCUCUCGACGUCUUCCUAACCCCCCAGACCAAAGCUUUUGUUGACGAACGUGCCCUGAGAGGACGUAUCCGAGACGGGAGAAGCUUCGAGUGCUGGUCCGAGCUGAGGCACAACCUCUCCCGCCUUCGAAACUACCAAGCCGUGGUGCAGGACCUCAUCGAUGCGGAAAAGGAGUGGCCGGAGCUGUUCCAGGAAGUCGAGGUGAUCCCCGUGUCAUCGAGCAAGGCGGAUCCCAACCCCCUCGGCAGGAAGAGCGAGGUCGCCGAUGCUAUUAUCGGUCGUAUGGAGCACGAUAAUUCCAGGAGAGAGAGGUAUCGCGGGUUUGCUCUGGAACUGCAGGGGAUGCAGUUUGAUGAUCGCAUCCAGAAACAGUGCCAAAGGGACAGCUUCAAGCCCUUUGUGCACUCCGAGAUACUCGUCCUUGAAUGGGUAAAAGCCAACGCUUCUAGACUGGAGCUUAGUUUCUUCCAUGGGUGGAAGUACAUUGGCAGCAGUAAAGGAGCCUGCAGGUUGUGCCACUACUACUUCGAAACACCAGGUCAGCACGGCGGUAUCAAGACGCGAUCCAGUCACGGGAACCUCUACGUCAACUGGAGGUUUCCUGACUUGUACGAAAAUGACGGGCCAGAGGGUAAGGCACGGCGGCAAGAGGUCUUUAACUGGAUGAUGAACAGGGUGCGAGACGAUGCCUUCCAGACAAUGGAGAGCAAGGCGUCGACGGGAAAGAGGCACGACUCCAGCACGCAUCCUCUCAUGUCGGUGCGACAUACUGAUGCGCAGACAGAUGUGGGAGCUCGUGAUUUGGCUGAUGUGGAUGAGCUGGGAGAACAGCUUGAAAGGGGUCUCAACUUGGAUGACUCGCCGACGACUGACAGCCCAGAAGACUCGGGAUCAGAUGACGAUGAGGAAGGGGGCACCAGUCUCUUCUGA